AUGCUCGCCGUGACUAGCGCGGCCAAGACCACGUCCCUCGUCGCCUUGGAGAGGGUCCCGGCGUCCUGGCGGCCCUACCUGGCCUACCUGCUGGGGCUGCUGGGCAUCCUUCUGGCCGGCUACGCCGACCGGCUCUGGCCCCCGCGGCGGGCCGCCCCGCUGGCCGAGCCUCCCGCCGCCCCCCCGGCCGCGGACGAAGCCCCGGUGCUCAGGCGGCGGCGGCGGUCCAGCUCCAUGAUCUCCCCCGAGAUGUCGGGCGGCGGCGGCGGCAGCAGCGGCAGCAAGACCCACCGGAGGACCUCGCUGCCCUGCAUCCCCCGGGAGCAGCUCAUGGGGCAUUCUGAAUGGGAUCACAAACGAGGACCCAGAGGCUCACAGUCUUCUGGCACCAGCAUCACGGUGGACAUUGCUGUCAUGGGAGAGGCCCACGGGCUCAUCACAGACCUUCUGGCUGAUCCUUCACUGCCCCCCAACGUCUGCACGUCCCUGAGGACAGUGAGCAACCUGCUCAACACACAGCUGACCUUCCAGGCCAUCCACAAGCCCAGGGUGAAUCCCUUGGUGUCCUUCAGUGAGAACUAUACCUGCUCCGACUCGGAGGAGUGUCCGGAGAAGGGAGAGAAACUGGCAAUUCCCAAGCGCUUACGGAGGAGUUUGCCUCCAGGACUGCUGAGACGAGUGUCCUCCACCUGGACCACCACAACAUCAGCCACAGGACUGCCCACUCUGGAGCCAGCUCCAGUCAGGAGGGACCGCAGUGCCAGCAUCAAACCUCACGAAUCUUCGUCAUCCAGCUCUGACUCCUGGAACAGCUCCAUUCUGAUGACAAUCACCAAGAGCAGGUCCUUCUCCACCUCCUAUGCCGUGUCCUCCACCAACCACCUGAAUGCCAAAAGGCAGAGCCGCCAAGGUAUCCCACCAAAUAUUUCACCUCUCACCUCCCCAUGCCAUUCGCCGAUUCAGGGGACGCCUGCCACGAGUCCUACUGGGAAAACAUCUUCUGUGUCAUUUCCAGAGCCCACAGACACUGACACUAAGCAGGGCCUAAAGCCACACAAAGUCUUAACUUCUACUCAGAGUGCACCGAGCCUGUCAGACCCUGUUAUCAGCCCGUCCAUCAUCUGCAGCAGCUGUGGCAGACCCUACAACCAAAUAGAAGCUGGUGAUGGGACACUAAAUAGAAAUGAUGCUACUACACACACCCUGAACAGAGCAGAGGAUCCUGCCCAAGCCACCUCUGACUACGAGACCAACAACAGUGACAGCAGUGACAUCGUGCAGAACGACGACGACACGGAUUGCUCCAAGGAGCAGCCACGGAAGGGAUCUGGCUGUAGGUCCUACACACCUGAGACCAUCAUCCUGCAUCCCUUGACACCACCUGAGGACAAGCCUGUACUGGCUCCUGAGCCUCUGGUUAUGGACAACUUGGAUCCCCUGAUGGAGCAGCUAAAUAGUUGGAACUUCCCAAUCUUUGAUUUGGUGGAAAAAAUUGGGAAGAAAUGUGGUCGGAUUCUGAGUCAGGUAUCAUACAGGCUUUUUGAUGACAUGGGGCUGUUUGAAACCUUUAAAAUACCAGUGAGGGAAUUUAUGAACUACUUUCAUGCCUUGGAGUGCGGAUACCGAGAGAUACCUUAUCACAACCGAAUCCAUGCCACGGAUGUGCUGCACGCCGUGUGGUACCUCACAACCCAGCCCAUCCCGGGACUCCCCACUGUCAUCAACGACCACGGCUCGGCCAGUGAUUCAGAUUCUGACAGUGGGAUCACCCAUGGCCACAUGGGGUAUGUGUUUUCCAAGACAUACACACCUACAGAUGACAGCUACGGGUGCCUGGCUGGCAACAUCCCUGCCCUGGAGCUGAUGGCUCUUUAUGUGGCUGCAGCCAUGCAUGACUAUGAUCACCCUGGAAGGACCAAUGCCUUCUUGGUAGCAACGAGUGCUCCUCAGGCGGUGCUGUACAACGACCGCUCCGUGCUGGAGAACCACCACGCUGCUGCUGCCUGGAACCUCUUCAUGUCCAGGCCAGAGUACAACUUCCUGGUCAACCUGGACCACGUGGAGUUCAAGCAUUUCCGCUUCCUCGUCAUCGAGGCCAUCCUGGCUACUGACCUGAAGAAGCACUUUGAUUUCGUGGCCAAGUUCAACGCCAAGGUGAAUGAUGAUGUUGGCAUUGACUGGACCAACGAGAAUGACCGCCUGCUGGUCUGCCAGAUGUGCAUCAAGCUGGCUGACAUCAACGGGCCUGCCAAGUGCAAGGACCUGCACCUGCAGUGGACAGAGGGCAUCGUCAACGAGUUCUAUGAGCAGGGUGAUGAAGAGGCCAGCCUGGGGCUGCCCAUCAGCCCUUUCAUGGACCGCUCUGCUCCCCAGCUGGCACACCUCCAGGAGUCCUUCAUCACACACAUCGUGGGACCACUCUGCAACUCCUAUGACUCAGCAGGGCUGAUGCCAGGAAAAUGGAUAGAAGAGAGUGAUGAGUCAGGAGACACUGAUGAGCAGGAGGAGGAGGAAACGGCAGAAAUGGAAACUUGUGAAAACGCCGAAUCCAGAAAGAAGAAGUUCAAGAGGAGGAAAAUCUACUGUCAGAUCACUCAGCACCUGCUUCAGAACCACAAGAUGUGGCAGAAGGUGAUUGAGGAUGAGGAGAGGUUAGCUGGGUCGGAGAAGCAAGGCACGGAGCAAUCCCCACUGCACCAAUCUUCAGAACAAAUCCAGGCCAUCAGGGAGGAGGAGGAGGAGAAAGGCAAGGCCAAGAAGGAUGAAGAGGAGAACACAACUGUAGAACCAAACCAAUGACAAUAUUUACAGCAGUAUUUUAAGACAGAUUGACUCGUGCACAGACUCUUUCUCAAGCCAGCACAGCAUUUAGACACAACACUGUAGAAGUACGGGAUAAUGCGCCUACAGCUGUUUCAUUUGUUUCUCUUUCCUUUUUAUGGUGAGGUACAUUGUUUAAACUCCUCUGCUCAAGGAAGCUUUCACACUGCAACACCGGCUUUACAGACUUUCUCUGAAGAGAUUUGGGGGUGGGUGGAAUUAUAUAAAUAUAUAUAUAUAUAGCCAGGG